AUGGCGUUCUUGACAAAAAACAAUAUUUUAGAAUCGAUUGAGGUGGGUAAUUCUGGUGAAUGUUCUUCUGCUCAGCUAAUUGAUCGAGAUGGCACAUUUAAUGUCGACGGACUGGAAAAUUUCAUCAAGGAGGUCAAAUUGAGGGACUGUGGCCAUUCAUACGCCGUAGUCUCCACCAUGGGUCCUCAUAUUAGUGGUAGUACGCUGUUAAAUCAUCUAUUUGGCACCAACUUUAGCGAGAUGGAUCAUUUUAAAGGGAGGUCCCAAACCACCAAAGGUAUAUGGAUGGCAACAGCUGCCAGCAUGGAACCGUGUACCCUGGUUAUGGACUUGGAGGGAGCUGGAGAAGGAGAGGACAAUACUGCUUUUGAAAAGCAGAGUGCUCUUUUCGCUUUGGCUGUCUCCGAUAUAGUGCUCAUAAACAUGUGGUGUCAAGAUAUUGGCCGUGAAAAAGCUGCCAGCAAGCCUCUUCUGAAAACUGUAUUCCAGGUCAUGAUGCGAUUGUUUAACUAA